AAUCGACGGCAGUCGCGUCCGGUCGACGUUUGUAUCGUUCUCUCUUCUUCUCUUCCGUCGUUCGUCUCGUCUUUGCGUCUUGCGUUAUUUUAAUUUGAUGAAUUGUGAUUUUGUGUGAAUUAGGAUUAGAAACAGCACGUGUGUGUGGAAAGUGCUUGGCAAUGAGAUGAUUUAAUCCCCGCAAUGAAUUUGUUGUUAAUUGUGUGAAAAAAAUAAAAGGGAAUGCAUUUGAGUGCAGUGGAAUUUGCAUUUAUUCAUAUAUAUAUAUAUAUAUAUAUAUAUAUAGGUGUUAUGGUGUGUGACAUAUUAACAAAUUGAGGCGUCCAUCUAAGUGAGUGUGCAACAUCGGUAUCCGUUUACAGUUGGUUUGUUUGCUCUUCGGUACUCUGUGUAUACACUUUGUACUAAGUUCCUUAGCUAAUCAAAAACGUGAUACAACCGCAGAAAAACAACAACAGCCGACCAACCACCCUUUACCAAGGAAUUGCGAGCGAAUGGUAUUUAAUGAUGCUCUUGCCUUCAGGGCGGUCCAAUGGCGAUGUGCAAACAAUAAAUAAUACAAAUAAAUCCAUAAACUUUUUGGCAAGAGCCUCAUCCCCGCAAUCCAGCAUAAAUUUGGGCAGUAAAUCGGAAAAUGCCGGCUGCCUGGUAUCGCCAGCACCAUCAACGUUCACACCAGCAUCACAAUCAUCUGAACAGAAGCCAAUGUCGACUAACCAUUCCGCCACAUAUUCACCGCAAACGACGCACUCAAGCGGAGUCAUGUUGCUGUCGAACUCGCCCGGAAGUCAAAGCGAAACCGGAACAACAACAUCAGGACGUUUUGUGGACGGCACUAAAAGCUCGUUCUUGUCCAAUGGCAACGUUAGCUCAAGUGUGGGAGCCUUGGCUACGGUGACUCCCGCAACAAUCGGAAAUUGGGAAGAGAUCGAUCGCCAUUUGGAGGCUGCACAAGCCAACCUAAAGAGCAAACAUUGGAGUGUUCAUCUGGGCAAAGAGGGCCGACUGUAUUACUGCAAUCAUUUAACGCAAACAUCUGGAUGGUUACCAUCUUGUGAGGAUUGGAGUAGAAGUGAAGAGCUACCCUAUGGUUGGGAGAGAGCCAUCGAUUCGAAAGGACGUUCAUAUUUUAUCAAUCAUUUAAACAAGACGUCAACAUACGAGGCCCCAGAGUGCGUAAAAUGGGAUGAAAAACCUCCUGAACCUAGAGUUGUGAUUCUACAACGCAGCCCGACGAUGGGCUUCGGAUUUGUGGCCGGAAGCGAGCGUCCAGUGAUAGUACGCUUUGUUACCGAAGAUGGUCCCAGCAUGAAUAAACUGCAGCCGGGAGAUCAUAUCCUUGCUGUCAAUGGCGAAGAUGUGAUAGACGCACCCAGAGAUCGAGUGAUACAGUUAGUGAGGGCUUGCGAUUCCCAAGUGACUUUGCUGGUGUGCCAACCCGUUCACAAUAGAACGCCGGGUCGAAAGUCAACUUUAUUGUCUGCUGGCAAGAGGGCCAAACUCAAGACUAGACCAAGUCGAGUACGCUUUGCGGAAAGCGUUUGCGUGAAUGGAGCCCCAUUGUUUCCGCCUUCGGCAUUUUCCCUGGGCGAUAUCUGUGUACCACCGAUGGCCAAUGUAUUGAAGGUGUUUCUGGAAAAUGGUCAAACCAAAUCGUUCAAAUAUGACGCCACCACCACUGUGCAAGACGUAGUCACAUCGCUACUGGACAAACUGUGUUUCACAUCGGGAGAUAUAUUUAGCCUUGUUCUGGAACAUGUCAAAAGUCUUAAGCGUAACAAACUAACACUACUGGAUCCCGAAGAAUCAUUAGCCAAAAUCGCCUCACGACCAGGAGCCCACAAACUGCGUUGUCUUUUUCGAGUGACUUUUGUACCCAUAUCCGCUGCUGAGCUGGCCCAAAGAGAUCUAAAUGCUUUAGACUAUUUGUACUUGCAGUGCUGCAAUGAUGUGUCUCAAGAACGGUUUGCGCCAGAGUUGCAGCCAGAUGUUGCUUUGCGACUUGCAGCACUUCAUAUGCACCAACAUGCUUUAGCCAAUGGCAUCCAUCCAUCUAAACUUUCCGUCAAAAUGGUGGAGCGAGAGUUCGGUCUAGAACGUUUUGUACCAGCCUCACUAUCAGAGGGCAUGAAACGAAAGGAGUUGAGGCGCUUAAUCUCACAUUUUCUAAAGAUGAAUGCCGAAAUGACGGGAUCGUCGGCGAAGGUCUUGACACAACUUCAGGCAAAGUUGCACUAUCUAGAUAUAAUCGCCAGUUUGCCUAGUUAUGGUGCGAAAUGCUUCAGCACAAACCAAAGGGAAGGUGUUGAACGAGUUCUGCUUGUGAGUCCACGCUUUGGUUUAAGUCAAAUAUCUAGUGCCAGAAAUUCAGUGCCCCAGGCAAUUUCAGCCAUCGACGACAUCAGCCACGUCUCCGUAAUUAGGGAAGAUGAUGUGACAUGCAGCGUUUGUGUCUACAUGCAAGGGGAUCGGUUCGUAAAGUUCUACAUGGAAGACCGAGAUGCCGUCGAGUUUUCUUUGUGUCUAGCUGGAUACUACAAGUUGAUGACGAAUAAAACCCUUUCCGUCUCAAAAGAGCGGGACCCUAUGGACGAGGAUAAUUCACCGCCAUACCUGGCUCAACACACGGUUUUACCAGCAACAUGGAGUUAUUUGGCACCAUUCCAUAAUAGGGCCCACAGCAUGAGCUUUAUUAUGGCCCCUCCGUAUCAUCCAAGCAAAACAAAGUCUGAGAAUGCCUUUAGCGAUACCUGUGAGCAGGUACCCGCUGAGUUUUUGGCAGAUAAGGCCAUAAGUAUCUCCAACCGAAGCCAGUCUCCAAAGAUGCCGCCAUUGCUGUCGACAACGGCGAUGGAUUUGGACAUUCAUAGUGUCAUGGCAACUGAACUUCUAGAGGAAGCCAAGGAUUCGGGAAUGAGUGAUAGCAGCGGAGGCGGCAGCAAUUAUGGGGACCGCUCGCAAUGCUUCAGCAGUGCAGCUAAAAUGGAAUCUAAAAAUGAAGAAGUCUUGAGACGUGUGCAUGAGAUGCAAAAAAUGGUUGAAAAUUCCGAACAGUAUUUGAACGAGCAGGAUGAAUUAGUGCAUGAAUUCAGGCCAGCGACCGGAAACGCCAACUACAACACAUGGCAAAGCCCAACUGCUGGCCUCAAUAGUGCCCAUGUAAAUGUUAGCGGUGUCAUCGAAUUCGAUAGCGACUGCGACAGUUUGAGCAGUAAAAUGUCCUCCAAUGAAGAGACCCCUCAACAAGGAUCAUUAAAACAUAGCGAUUCUCUAGUUCUCUUAGCUGAGACCAUAAAUCACGAUUUAACUGGUAUUACGCAGGGACUAAUCUCCAUUGGAGAGAAUCAGCCGGAAGUCAGACGCAAGAAGCCAACACUGAUAGAUACCUCAAGCCCACUGCCCCAACGCAAAGUAAACGGGUUCAGCCAAUUGUUAAGCAAUUUGCAAGCGCUGGGUGACUUUUCACAAAGUGAAAGUGAUUCGGAAUCGAUAGCGUCCCCCACCAAUUCCCCCACAACUCGGAGACCUUCUCUGCUUAAUACCAAUGAGAAAUCUAGUCGCAAGCAAAAUUUGGUGUACCGCUCUAGUUUCGGUCUCCACAGUCCGGAUAGCAAUAACUUUGGCAUGGAAACCAAAGACUACAAUCUAAAGGAGUAUCUCAAGCAGCUUAAGGAAAUAAGCAACGUAGAUAAUCUAAACCAGGACACCGAUACGGCGGCCAAAAAAUUAUCGGAGAUAUAUGGAUUUGAAAUAAGGGAAGAUACUUUUAUUGAAACCGACACCGACUUAAUCGACCUUAGGGCCAUUCCUCCACCUCAGACCCCGGACGAGUUAGAUGCACUGUCCAUACUUAAUGCAGCGCCCAAAGGCUUUGGCGAUUUAAAUAGAAAACCUUUGGGCGAUAUGGGGGAUCAUGACUUGGACAAAUUCCUAGAAAAAGUCGUAGUUGCACCCCCAACACAAAAGGCGACACCAGCUAAAGAACUGACACCCGAAGAGAUAAUGUCAUUCAUUAUACCACCCCCUCCAAAUUUAGAUGAAAUCGAGAGAAACUCCAAUAAUAAUCGUCAGAUUAGUGUCAUAGGCGAAAGCUUGUAUAGCAAUGCCUCUCCGGCCAAGCGAGAUGACAAACCACCAGUUGCGCCCAAGCCCGCCGAAGAGAGUAGGGGACAUGUCAUUGAGUAUGCCACGGUGGAAAGAAAAAGUAAAUUUUCAUGUUGUCCAAAAUCAAAGAAGGACGACACUAGUAUGGAUGUAAGCGAAGUGAGUCUGAGUAUUGCGAACUUGAAAUUACCACCGAGAUCUCAAUCUAUUGAACAAAAUGCGCCUGCAAGACCACCAAAAAGCGUUGAACUUUUACAGCGCUAUUCACCAAAGAAACAGAUGCUAUCGACGUCUUGUUCUUCUCCAGUGCCUGAAAGAAACGGGUCACAACCCAACAAAUUGAAAGAAUCCCCACCAACGCUGCCACCUCGCACAACUGUGCACCAACCCCUGCAUAUAGAACGUGAGCAUUCGAACAUAUCGCCUAUGGUGAGUCCCUUGGCCCCAAAGAAACCUCCAUUACCUCCAAUUGCCACGAGACCAUCAUUAAGAAAGAGUCCUUUACCUAUGAACUACCCCGGAGCCAUAGAAGUGAAAACUCUAUCCCCUUCACCUGCCCCGCUAAACCAAACCAGGACGUUUCCCUCAACCAACAAUUCAGCCGUACCCAGUCCACAGUUAACGGCUGCUCCAAGCCCAUCAGCCGCAUCUGCACAGCAAGAAUUCAAUCAGUAUUCUUCGGUUAUUCAUGAACAACGACUUGCUCAACCGCCACCAUAUCUAUACGCACAAAGUCAUGCACACGCAAAUGCUCAAGGCAUUCCGACCACAGGCUCCAAACUGAUCAUAAAGAAUGGUCACAUAAUAGACGCGGAAGCAUUGCUGGCCAAAACAGAUGUAGCUAUGGCGGGCUUACUGGUAAAACUUGAUCAAGUUGCAGUCCAAUGUACAGCUGCACAAGCUGCCGGCGGCGGUUCUAGCAUAGACGAGGACAAGUUCCAGAAAACGAAAAACGAACUCACAGAACAAACUCUAGUUUUAGUAACGGCCUCUAAAUUUCUUGUACUGUCUAUGUCCGACAUGUCGCUAUCGACGUCGCUGCCAGAACAUUUAACCUCUUGUCUCACAGCUAUCCGCAGGAUAACUGAAUUGACUCAAGACAUGACUCGUCACACCUCGGCACCCUUGCAGACACGCAACAUUGUUUUGAAAGUCCACGAUGUGGCUUCCAGCUUUCGCGAAUUGGUGGGUGUGCAAAUGGGCAAUGCUGGCCAAUUAGCAUUGCAGGCCGAAUGCCUGGCCAAUGUUCUAGCGACUCUGCUCAGAAGUCUUAGGGUUUUUUCCCCCUAAACCGAAUUUCACCCCUUCCCCUCUCACACAAUUCCACGCAUAUCAAAUUGACCAAGCCACACGCAUGCAUAUUAUCUACCACAUAUCUUACGUUCUUACCAUCUUCUUCUUCUUCUGUCUUCUGUUACAGGUUAAAAAGUAAUACGUACAUUUCCCAGUAAACAUUUUCACACGUACAAUACACAUACGUACAUAUAUAUACAAGUAUCUAACAAUGAUGAAAAUCUCAUAUUACCCAUACUCAUAACGUUAAACAAAAAAAAAAUUGCUCAUAGAACAAAAAUUAGCCAAAACCUAAAUACCCCCAUGCUAUCUCCCUUGCACCGACAGCGUGUGAGAGAGAUAGAACCAGAAAGUAGUGUUAAACUUUUAUCACACUCGACACACACCAUUGCAUGCGUUUUCAAAAGAAACGCUACAUACAAAUGACAGAAAUCGUAACUAAACAUGUUCUUAGGUACAUUCAGACUAAUCAAGUAUUUGAUCCAUGUUGUUUUGUCAUUUUUGCCCCAAAAUAUGUCAAAUUCGUACAUUUUCGAUUUUUUAUUCACAUUAGACACAUUUUGUUUGCCAAAUAGCGUUAACCAUUGGAUCAAAAAGGCCUUUUUAUUUGCCCUAUAUUCGAUUGCAUGUAAACUUUGUUGUUUGAUUUAACAAAAAAAUUGUAAGGAAACACAAAUUUUACAUCCAAUCGAAUGUAGGGCAAAUAAAAUGCUUUUUUGAUCUAAUGGUUAACGCUAUUUGAUUUGUUUUUGGACAAACAAAAUGUGUCAAAUGAAUCUGUCUAAUGUGAACACAAAAUCAUGUACGAAUUGGACAUAUUUUGGGGCAAAAUCACAAAACAAGAUGGAUCAAAUAUUUGAUUAAACUGAACGUACCUUUACACCAAGAGGAUACAAAGUUUGCUGGGACACAACAUUAGCGAUACUGAUUUCCUUUGACGGCAGAAAACGUACAUUGACACGCCGCAUUAACCAUGUGUCCAAACCGAGGCCUGCUGGGCUCUUCCAAUGAUGUCGGAUCUUGCAGGUACUAUUAUUUAUCAAAUGUGUGUAGCUCAUCUCGUUUAUUUUCCAUCGCCUUUGGAUUCGAAUUCAGAAUAAGUCGGUAAUUCGGCGACUGCAAACUGCCUACAACAACAAGGGAAUUUUAGUGGCAUAACAAUUUAAAAUGAUCCAUAGAACGCAUAUAGAACCUGCUGCACUGCUGUCAACUCCAAUUGUGUGUUCUUGAUGCUCGAGACCAUGCACUAUACGGUGUUGGUUAAAAAAAUUAGAAAUAAUUCGCCAGUUUGGUGAUAGAGUCAAUGCUGCACUUUCGGAUGCACAAGCAAAAACAAUUAUCCGGUCCGAUCCAAUCCAUUUCUGUCAAAAUCAUAUCAGAGCCCAUAAAUUGCAUCUAUUAUCUAAAAAAAAGUAAUCACGAAAAAAUGUCGCGAGAAACUAACAAAGUACCAGCCAUAAAAGGCACGUUUCGGCUAGCAGGGAAGCUCACGUCCCAUUGCUCAAAGUCUGAUCAUUAAUGCUUGGUCUUCUCUAUGAACUCCGGCCUUUUAUUUAGUUUUUUCAUAGUUUAUGCUUACAGACACUGGUAAAUAGGUAAAUAUAUGGGCAAUCCCAUUGUGAAGUUGGUUACAUUUGUACUGAAAUAUACGAAUAUAUCUUCUGAACAAAUGUAUUUGGAAGCUUUUUAUGUUUUUUGUGCAAUUUUAUUCCAUUUACCGAACCAUCAAUUAAUGUCAUAGGCUUUGCCAGUAUAGGAUGUGUAACGGCCAUCAAAACUAGCGUAACGGGCGUUACCGUUGCAAUAAGCUGAAUUUGCAGGCCUUUCACCAAUCUCUUGGUUGCCUCAUAAUUCCUCAUAUGAACAUCGUUUAAUAAUUUCUGGCAUGAAACUUCAUAAAAUUUUCUUUUAUCUGAUUUAUCUUUUUCUACCACCAAGUUCAUAACCUUGCAAACCGCAUAAACCGCCUUAUUCACAAAACUCAAUGAAGCCUUAAAUUAGAUUUUUUUUUAACAGUUCCCUAAGGGAAAUCUGUCGAAUAAACCUAUUUCAAAUCUACAUUAAUUUUUGUGAAUACCGGUGUAAAGCGUUUGCAACGGGCGUUACACUUAAAUAUAACGGGCGUUACGGAAUACUUAAUACUUUCGAUUUAAAGUUAUUUGUUCGUAAACACAAGGCGGUUAGAUAUAAGCACACACAUUUGAAAUAUAUAUUAUCGAACUAUAUCUUGAUGUAGCCCUAGGGUGGCCAAUGUCUAUAUGUACCAUCUAUAAAACGCAAAUUGGGUACAAUAAUUUCUAAAAGAUCCCUCGCUACCCGGAUAGAAUAUUGGUUAGAUCGGACCUUAUUUGGAUACAACUGCCAUACGAUCCGUUCUUCCAGGUAUGGGUCUUGAACUCAUAAAAGGUUUAUUUUUUAUUUGGUUUCGCUAAAAUCGUGGGACUGAAUUGUAUCAGACCUAUCUACCAUUUUUGAGAAACAAUGAUGUUAAGCCGGCCUAGCGCAGAGGUUAGCAUGUCCUCCUAUGACGCUGAACGCGCCUGGGUUCGAAUCCUGACGAGACCAUAAGAAAAUAUUUUCAGCGGUGGUUUUCCCUCCUAGUUCUGGCAACAUUUGUGAGCUAAUAUGCCAUGUAAAACUUCUCUCCAAAGAGGUGUCGCACUGCGGCACGCCGUUCGGAUUCGGCUAUAAAAAGGAGACUCCUUAUCAUUGAGCUAAACAACUUGAAUCGGACUGCAUUCAUUGGUAUGUGAGAAGUUUGCCCCUGUUCCUUAGAGGAAUGUUCAUGGGCAAAAUUUGCAAUGAUGUCAAUCCGACCUAUUAUAAGGUGGAUAUUCAACCGGUAUUACUUAUAUGAAGAAGCGAGCAUUUUUGACUUUCAGAAUGAGUUAAUUUAACUUUUUUUACUGAAAUCAGUGCUUGCACUUUUAAGCCUACCAUUAGGUAUAAAUUUAUCUAGAAAUUUCUAAUGGCCCAUAUAUAAAAACACAGUUGCUGUGUUCUAUUUAAAACUAUAUAGUGCAAUACACAAUUAAUCCUUUUUAUCUGUUAUUAAAUGCUAUCGAUAACUUACCAGUACAACUUUGUUCUAAAAUGUUAUCAGGAACAUCUGACUUGUAGUGGAUAGGACUAAAAUAAAACACAGCAGGUCUUGAGUCCCAAUAAGAGAAAUUAGUUGAUCAUAGCUUUGCCGUCGAUGACGAAUCAAGGUUUGGGACGUUCAGGUUAGUACCACGUCUACUUCACCAUCAAAAUGUCAAUAUUGAAGCUAUCGAAAAUUACAAAUUUUCCUCAGUGUACAACACACUGCAAUACAACAACAAUACAUUUUCCCAAGAACAUCUCAUUCAGAAUGGAUCAGCAGGGACACUUGUCAUUGAGUGCUGCCGAUUUAAUUUUCUGCCCAGUGAUAAGGGACAUCCGAACAUUACGCCGUCAGGCGACCACUCGGCCUUUUUCUAUCCAGCAAACUUUGUAUGCGACACGUGGCAUGAGGAUAGUCUGAACUACAAUUGUUAUCAUUUUUUAUUGUACUAUUCCAUACGAUAUCAUGUUAGGUUCAUAAACAGUUCAUUAGACAAUAGCAUAUAUAGAAUCUCCUUCAUAUUGGAUUUGUGUUUCCAUAGAAAGUAAAAUGUUUGGGGUUAGUGACCAGUUUCCAGUCUUGCAUGACAUGUAGAAUGUAGUUAAGUCGUUUUAAUUUUUAUAUACAUACAUACAUAUGACAAGCAUACUCGUACACUUUUGAAUGUAUUACACAAUUAUUACAUGUGUGCCCGAGAGAGAAAAACUAGAAAAAAUAAAUAAAAGCAAAAACAAAAAACUAAGAUAUUCCCGUAAGAGAUGAAUGGUGCCGCGGAUUUAAACCAAUAAUUGACCAAACAAUAAUCAAAAUUUUUACUUGUGAUAAUGAGUCAAGUUUCAUAAUUUCAUUAUGUAAAUGUAGCCUUCGUUAAUUUCUUCAUCUAUAGUAAUGUACAUACACACAACGUCUAUUUCUCUUCCCUUGCCACAUCCCUGGCCCUACACGUAUAUCUUCUAUGUAUAUCUACAGAGAAAAAGUGUUCGAAUAUCGAAUCGAAAAUGAGAAAAAGCCCACAGGAAUACGAAAGUCAAAUAACUUAUGAAAUACCUACUUUUAUAUCUUUAUUGUUAACACGUACAGUACGGGUAUUUACAUACAUCGUUUGUACUGCUUAUUUGUUAUAUUGUUUUAGUUUGUAACCGUUGUUUUAUUUGGGCAGCUCCCGAUGACGGUCUGACCUCGUCGCUCAUCGCUCGUCCAUGCACAGUCGAUAAUGUUCGAAUAAUUUAGGAUUUUUAAUUAUUUAUCAUAAAUAUCCCCAUAGAAAAGCCAUAUCAAAACAAAAAAAAUAUCUACCUUCUCAAUACAAAAUGCAAAUAGCGAUUCUGAAAAAUACAAUACCAAAAAACCAACCAACCAAUCUAACUAAUAUUGUAUACUUUCAAAUAAUAAAUGUUUAAAUCAAAUAUUUAAAAUAUUGUAUUUAACAAACUAUUGUCAUUAACAUAACAUACCUAAAUACAUAUUUAACUUUAACCACUAUUAACGGUUUUGCGCUUUAUCCAAACAAAACAAAAAUACCGAUGAAAUAAACUCAAACCCCAUUAUGGGUAUUAAUUAAAAAUAAAAACAACAAUAAUAAUAAACAAA